GGAGAAAGAAUUAAAGCAGCAGUAAGUAGAAUAGAAUAUUUAUAUCAAACAAAAGGUCAAAGAAAAAAAAUAGUCAACUAAUGCCCAGGGGUAUCUCUCUAUUUGCCGGAGUUUCUUGUUGUUGUUUUGUCCUUGUUUUCUCUCCAUGGUUUUAUCCUCCUAUCCCUCUCGCAAGACACGAAACUAACUUCUCUCUCUGUGCGUGCGUCUUGCUCUUGACUGAACUGAAUUGAAUAGAAACUUUGUUGGUUUGGACGGGAUCCUGUCACUGAGAAUGGGUAGUUCGUGACGACGACGACGACAAUGGCGACGACUGUGGAAGCGGGAGGAGGGCCGUGGUGGAAAUUGGAUUAUCUUUCUUUUCUCUCUCGAUUGUUGCAGUAACGGCAUUUUAGUUAUUUGAUGUGUCCGUUCUUCUUUACCAAUCCAAGUAUGCCAGUAUGCCAGUUGCAUGCCUGAUAUCAAUUUGUCCAGUCCCUGUCCGCCGCCGUCCGUCCAAUGUUCCAUCCAAUCCUUUCCCUUCCAACGCAAUAUCGAAUCCAGCAUGGCAUCGCACAUCCUUUCUUCCCUUGAAAAUAAAACGCAAAACUCGGGGGUUCGUUGGGUCCUCCCAUCUUUCUCCUCCUAUCCUUCAUCCUACACGGUGAAUGCUAAAUUUUUUUGCUGGUUAUUCCCUUUUCAACUCUUCAUCCCCCUCCGCAAAUCCGAUCCGACACCUUCUCUUCCCUGCCUCCAUCAGCUGAUAACCGAUCUUCUUUCUCUUCUCCUUCCAUUUCCAUCCCCUCUUGUCAAUCCGGUGGUCCAGAUCGGGGUGACUUGUAACACCUUCAAAGCGCCGUUGCGUUUGCCCAUUUGGUUUGAUCCAUCCAUCCAUUCGAUCCAAAUGUCUGUCUGUCUGUCGGUCUGAUUGACUUGUCCAGGUUUUCCGCCUUGAGAGCCCGCAGUGGUGGGUGCCAGCCUUGCCAUUGUGGGAAUUUCCAAUAAGAUAAGAAAACAAAGGGACCUCUCGACUCGUGGGUUGCUUGCCUAUGUUUGUAUUGCGGUUGUCGUAGAGUGUUAUAGUCGAUCCUCUCGUUUUCUUUUUUUGUUUGCUGAUUUUGGUGGGUGGAAAGGGAAGAGAAAAAGCCGGUGAGCUGAAGAAGGAUCCAUUUUGUCUAGUCCGCGAUGGGACGACAACGACGACGAAGACGAAUGGUCCUCAACCGGCGGUCAAAUGAACGAGAUCAAUGUGCGAGGAAAAUGAAAGUUCGUUUGGAAACAUUUUAAAAAAGGACUAUCUGCCCCAAUGGCGGUAGUUCAAUAUUGUUUGUAGAAAAUAAUAGAAACAAAAAAAGAAUAAAAAUGUCAAACGCUAAUAUGCCAUGCCGCUGAAUUGUGUGUGUCCACUUCGCGCGAAACAAAAUAUGUGCGAUGUGUGACGUGAUGAUGCCGCUUGAAAGUGUGUGAUGUGUGCAAUCUUUUGUCUUCCAGAUAAUUUAAAUGUUGUAAUCAAAAUGUCUUCUGUCAAAAACUAUGGUAUCUGGAUGCGUGACCAUGGAACCCCACCCUCGCAGCAGGCCGGAUGAUGAGAG